AUGUUGGGCGCUUCCGAAACCCUACUAAACCCUUCUCCUCCAUCUCUCUCAUUCCCUUCCCUUAAAACCCGCCGCAAUCUUCUCCUCCCCAACACCCGCCUCACCUUCCGCCCCAAACCGCCGCACUCUCUUCCAAUCAAAGCCCAACACGCCCCGGACCCGACCCUGCCCACUCCGGGUCAGCUCCGGGUCGACAUUCUCUCCGAGUCCCUACCUUUCAUCCGGAAAUUUCGGGGCAAAACCAUCGUGGUGAAAUACGGCGGCGCCGCCAUGAAGGACGCGAGCCUCCAGGCCACCGUCGUCAGAGACCUCGUCCUCCUCGCCUGCGUCGGCCUCCGCCCGAUUCUCGUCCACGGCGGCGGCCCGGAGAUCAACCUUUGGCUCAAGCGCCUCAACAUCGAGGUCAACUUCCACGACGGCCUGCGCGUCACCGACGCCGCGACGAUGGAGAUCGUCUCCAUGGUCCUCGCCGGGAAGGUCAACAAGAAUCUGGUCUCGCUGAUCAACCGGGAAGGCGUGAAGGCGAUCGGGCUCUGCGGCUCCGACGGCGGGCUCAUCACCGCCCGCCCCGCCCCGAACGCCACGAAAUUAGGGUUCGUCGGGGAGGUGGCGCGUGUGGACCCGACGAUUCUCCGGUCGAUCGUUGACGACGGCCACAUUCCGGUGAUCGCUUCCGUGGCGUCGGAUGAGUCCGGGCAGCAGUACAACAUCAAUGCGGACACGGUGGCCGGAGAAAUCUCGGCGGCGCUGGGGGCGGAGAAGCUGAUUCUGCUGACUGACGUGGCCGGAAUCUUGGAGGACCGAGAGGAUGCGAGUAGCUUGGUGAAGGAGAUUGAUAUUAAAGGAGUGAAGAAGAUGAUGGAGGAUGGGAAAAUCGGAGGAGGGAUGAUUCCGAAAGUGAGCUGCUGCGUCAGGUCAUUGGCUCAGGGAGUGAGGACUGCUAGUAUUAUUGAUGGCCGGAAACCACAUUCUCUGUUGCUUGAGGUUUUGACUGAUGAAGGAGCUGGGACUAUGAUCACUGGCUAAAACCCUAAACCCUGUUGGGUUAGUUUUCUUGUGCGACUUGAUUUCUAUUAGAGCUGUAAUGGACUAGUUUGAGAUUAUGAGUCUAAUUGGUGAAAUUUGAGUUGCUUCUUGUUUCGUGUGACUGUGCAAUCUCGAUUGAUUGGGGUGACUUGAUGAUAUGAUCAAUCGAGUGGUGUUCUUCAGGGAUUCAUUUUCCGAUUUGAGUCAGAUUCGAAGACACAAAAUGUGCUUCAGAAAUAGAGAAGCCUCUCCCUCUUUUUGAUUCUGAAAUUAUGGCUUAUGGCCAUGAACAUAGUUUGCC